AGGUGCGCUCGGGAAUGUUCUUUUAUUUACAUCGGCUCCGGGUUGCUGUUGUUUCCGUUAAAAUCUGGGAUCCGCUUCGAUUCGUUGUCCUGUCGCCAAGUCCUGAAAGGCAGAGCAGAGGACCGCCGGCUCUAUAUCCAGUUUACAAUGAUCCAGUGACAACUGCUCUUUACCUGCAAAAUUUAUUAAUUAUGUUCAGCAGAAUGGAAAGUAGAUGUCUUUCAUGGCCUAUACAGUGAUAACAAUAAGUUAACUUUUGAGAUACAAUAAUCACGUUUUGAGAUAAAACCUACAUCAUGUUGAAUUCUGCUACAUGGAACAAAGAGAAAUCCAGCGUGAUGCUUCGGGAUGAACCUAAGUAUUAUUUGGUUGCUCAAGAGUGUAAUGCAAUUAAUAAACAUACUCAAAUGCCAUUAAGACUAGUAAGAGGCAGCAUAUUAAUGCUUCAGGAUCGUGGUCCUCAACUACCAAACAUUCAUAGUAACAAAAAUAAAAGAGGGGUUGUUACUGUGCAAUGCUUAGAACAGCCAUAUAACAUCAUACAUGUUGAAGAAAAAGAUUUGCAAGAAAUUGAGGGAAGAGUGGCUGAACUACUUUUUGCUGUUUCAACCCCUGAGGAGAGGCAUGCUCUGUCCAAAAACAAGCCAAAACUGCAGGAAGCACUCCAAAUCGAUUACAAUUCAAACGUUAAAGUUCAGCUGAGGGCUGGAGGAGAAAAACUGCCUGGUAUUAUACGAUUCAAGGGAUCGUUGUUACAGAACAAGUUGCUAUGUGAAUUGUGUUUUGGAGUGGAAUUACUGGAAGAAGGCAGGGGUCAAGGCUAUACAGAUGGCUCGUACAAAGGAAAGCAACUCUUUCGCUGCGAUGAUGAUUGUGGAGUUUUUGUUCCUUUUGACAAACUAGAACUUGUUGAAGAGGAAGAUGACACUGAUCUCAAAUCUGGCAAUACUGAAAUGUUUUUGUAUAGUGACAAGUCUGCCAUAGAAAUUAACUCGAGGGUGUCUACCAUGAUUGACGAUGAAGUUGUGUAUGGAACAGUCGUAUUCUGUGGCCUGCUGUCAGGAAAAGAAGACUAUGGCUAUUUUCUAGGUGUUGAUAUGGAUAACGUCUUAGGUGAUUGGGAUGGCACAUGGGAAGGAAAAGUGCUGUACAAUACUUCACACGGAAAGAUCUCCCUUCUGUGGAUAGAAGAUGUACAGCUAGACACCUCAGAAACACGGCCACUGAAACAAAACUUUGCAUCGAGAGGUAUUAAUGAAAAGAUCUCUUCAAAUGUCAGCAGCAGAUCAAAGAAUAAAGGAAUUGUUUCACAAUCGGGAAAAUCUCCAGGGCAUAAUAGGAACCGAUCUGAAUUACGUUGCAUGUUAAAUGGUGCAUCUACUGAUCCACAAAAAUCAAAAAGUACAUGGUAUAUUGAUGAAGGAAGUGAAGAUACAGUAACAUCACUAGUAGACGCACACUCCAAGUUGAGUCAGUCACCACCCACAACGUCUUCUCUUCAAGCUUCCCUUUCAAAUGAAAACAAAUUCCAUUCGUUGCCUUUCAGCCUUACCAAGAAACCCAAUGUAAAUGGAAGCAUAGGUCAUACCCUUUCUUUGUCUGUCCAGUCGGUAAUGAUGGAUAUGAAUCCUGGUGCAAACCAAGAUGCUGAACCAGGAGGAGUAUCAAUGAUAGAGCAGCCCAGUUUGGAAAUAGGAUCGUUGGUGCAAGUGAAGGAAAAUCAUCCUCUCUAUGGAGUAAUUCGGUGGAUUGGGCAACCUUUAGGAGUUAAUGAACAAAUAGCUGGACUUGAACUUGAAGAAGAAAACGUAGGCUGUACAGAUGGUACUUUCAAGGGAGUACGUUACUUUAUGUGUGCUUCGAAGAAGGCUUUAUUUGUCAAACUUAAAAGCUGCAGGCCUGAUUCGAGAUUUGUAUCAUUGUCUCAUCACUCCAAUCAAAUUGAAAGAUGCAAUUCAAUUGCAUUUGGAGGAUAUCGAAGUGAAGUGGUUAAAGAAAAUACACCUCCAAAGAUGGAAAAAGAAGGCCUAGCUAUAAUGGUUGGAAAGAAAAAGGGUAUUCAAGGGCAUUACAAUUCCUGUUAUUUAGAUUCCACUUUGUUCUGCAUGUUUGCUUUUAGCUCUGUGUUGGACACAGUAUUGCUUAGGCCAAAAGAAAAAGAUGACGUUGAAUUUUAUACUGAAACCCAAGAUUUGUUGCGAACAGAAAUAGUUAAUCCUUUGAGAAAUCAUGGGUAUGUAUGUGCUACUAAAAUAAUGAAACUUCGAAGAAUUCUUGAAAAGGUUGAGGCAGCUUCAGGAUUUACUUCAGAAGAGAAAGAUCCAGAAGAAUUUCUCAACAUAUUGUUUCAUCACAUAUUAAAGGUAGAACCUUUAUUGAAAAUCAGAUCAGCUGGACAAAAAGUACAAGAUUGUUUCUUUUACCAAAUAUUCAUGGAUAAAAAUGAAAAUGUUGGUGUACCAACAAUUCAACAGUUACUGGAAUGGUCCUUUAUUACCAGUGACCUUAAAUUUGCUGAGGCACCUUCAUGUCUAAUAAUUCAAAUGCCUCGAUUUGGAAAAGAUUUCAAGUUGUUCAAUAAGAUAUUUCCAUCUUUGGAAUUGGAUAUCACAGAUUUAUUAGAAGACACACCCAGAGAUUGCCGGAUCUGUGGAGGUCUUGCACUUUAUGAAUGCAAAGAAUGUUAUGAAGAUAUUGAUAUAACUGCUGGAAAAAUCAAGCAGUUCUGCAAAGCUUGUACUACUCAAGUACAUCUCCAUCCUAAGAGGCAAGGACAUGAACAGAGAAAAGUGUCUCUACCAGAACAGAUGGCUGACUAUGCCUGGAGGCAGUGUUGUGUACCCAGACAGAAGAUGAAACUGUUUGCUGUGCUCUGCAUAGAGACUAGUCACUAUGUGGCUUUUGUCAAAUAUGGCCCAGAUGACUCAGCCUGGUUGUUUUUUGACAGCAUGGCUGAUCGGGACGGUGGGCAGAAUGGCUACAACAUCCCUCAGGUGACUCAAUGUCCUGAAAUAGGAGAAUAUUUAAAAAUGUCACCAGAGGAACUACAUGGUUUGGAUCCUAAAAGUAUCCAAGGCUUUGCACGAAGACUGCUGUGCGAUGCAUACAUGUGCAUGUACCAGAGCCCAAUAAUGAGUUUGUACAAAUAGACUGUGUAAACUCUCUGGUCCUUGAAGAGGCAACCUUGAGUAAUUUAUUACAUUUCAAAGAAUGUCUGAUUACAUUAAAUAAAGUGAAAGUAUUGCUGUAACACGUUUUGCACUGUAGAAUAUGUCUAGUAUUUCUUAAGUGUUUGCUAAUUGACUGACAGGUGUGCAUUUUUUAAAAAUUCAUCCUGGAACAGACUUUUUUAUGUGUAAACGAUUAAUUUUUCUUCAUUUAACUUCGAAAAUGUGAAGGUACUGAUUUGUUCUUUCAUCCUAUACCUUUAUAGCUUUAAUUGGUUUAUCAUUACAGACUGAUUUAUUUAUCAUCCUGUGCAUCAUUGGAGUAGAAUUAACCAAUUGCAAUGUGCACAUUCCUAACUCAUGCUAACUAUUUGACACAUGUUGCUCAUUGGCAUUCCUGUGUUCCAAAGAUUGUGAUUUUUAUUGUCAGCCCCCACCUGUUGGUACUAUUUUACAUGGGUCCUAGCUGUUGCCAGUAGAUCUUGAUUAAUGUAUUUCUUGAUGUUUUCCAUUUUGUUAUGAACUUGUGAGCCAUUAUAUAUUUUUGUGGACCUAUGAAUAUUACUGCAGUUUUCUGGUAAUUCCCAGGAAUGUUAAUUACACUGACAUAGAGCUUUGUCUUUGAAAGUUCAUAAUUUCAUGAUUUGAGCCUUGAAGGAGAAAUACUUGUCAAGAGAAACAGGGGCACAACAGCACUGAAUUAAAUAUUUUUUAGUAUUUGUGUUUUUUUGUCUGUAUCGUGCUGUUGGGUUGUGAUAAGGCCUGACCAGUCAGAUCCUUGUAUCUGGUAAUACAGAUAAAAUGUUGUGAUGAGAAAGGUAUUCUGGAUCUUCAAAUUGAUCAUCACAAUGUGUACUGUAGGGGAAGCAAAGCUAUCCAUGUUUAUUCUUACACACUGAAAUCUUCUCUUUCUGAAGGAGACAAUGAUCAAAGGGAAAUUACUACUUUAAAGUAGUAAGGAAAAUACAAUUGUGUAAAACAUGCAGAACCUUUUCCUGCAACCAGUUAACAAACUGUAUUAGCAUUUGCCCCUUCCUUUUCCACAGGAUGUCAUUUGUCAUAGCAUGGACUUGAAGCAAAAAAAUCAGGUUUAUCCUGAUAGACCAUUGCACAAUUAGGUUUGAAAAUCUAAUUGUAUACAUUCUCAGCUACAUUGUAAAGUACAGUGUUAUAUGCAUGGAGUCUCUAUCAUAUUAAAAGAUCUUCAAUUUGGUUGUGGAUAAGCAUGUAUAAUUAUAUUUUAUCAGAAUUUUGUGCAUUGAUCUAGUACUUAAAAAGAAAUAACUGGCAUCAGUAAAUUACCAUAGUACUAAUAUUAUCUGGUACCAAUAUGGAGCACCCGAUGCAAGUUGUUUAUGUGAAACAUUAACUGUUUUUCUCUCCGAGAUUGGUAGAUGUGUAGGUCAUUUUCUUUUAUUUUAUCUAAAGAACCUUUUAAGUUUAUUGUGUUUUUUUUAAGUUAUGGGUUCACAUCCAUGGGCUUCAUAACUGGAGUUGCAAUAAUUCUUGAUUUAGUUAUAAAAUCAGUUUCUUUGCAGUCAGCACAUCAGAAAAGAUAAUGAUGGAUACUAUUUGUUUCUGCUUCGAGGAGAAUUGACAGGAGUUGUUUCUUUAGUUUGCAUUUUGUCAAACAAGAUAAUUGCACUCUUAAUUUGAUUGAGGUUCUGAUUCAGCAUUGUCUUUUGUGAGUUGAGCUGUUUAAAGCACAGUUUUUAAAAUGAAUGUAUCAGUUAUGAAGAAGGGAGAACAUGACCAGGCUCAGGUCAGGACCAGAUUUUCCCUAUGGACUUCACUCAUUAACUCUCUCUCAAACUGUGUCUUUCACUUACAGUCCCUUUUUAGGAUUGAAGAUGACUAAUUUCCAUUUCAGUUCAAUGGGUUCUGAGAUGGCUGAUCUUUCACCGUGGUCAGCAGACUCUGCUACAUGUGUGGCAGGCGAUUGUUGGAAAGGUUGGGUAGAAGGGUCAUUUGGAGAUAUGUGCAUUACCUCCUGUGACUUUGCACAUUUCAAAUGAACAUCCUAUGUGUUUGAUGUCUUCCUAAAUGAGCUUUCUCUGUUUUAGUUGGUCACAAUCCAGGGUCUUCCAUGAGUCCUACAAGCCUUGAUCAAAUUGAUCACACCAUCCAACCAGAUCAGAGCAAAUUAACAGGAGUUCAACAAUGAUCAAUGUAGGAGAUGCAAAUGUACUGGGAAUCAGCUCAGCUUCCUAACAUUGACUCAUUUAUUCCCUCUGUGAUGCUUCACAGCUCCUUCUGUGUACUGUUUUUUUUUACAUUUGUUGUUUUGAACAAAUCCAGUUUCUUUUCAUUUUACAUUCUCUAAACAUCAGUGUUCAAACUAGUUUGCCAUGGAAAUUGGGUGUGUGGCGAUAGGGUUAGGGUCAGCACAUUGUCCUUUCACACUAAAAUCUCCGACCUGUUUCUGAUCGGUCUUAUCAGACCCACAACCACCAAACUGUUCACAAAUUGGCAACCUCGCUCAUGAGGCACAUGUUAAAUGAAUUGAUACUAGUUAGGGGAAAUGGAACUCUACCAGUCCAAUAAAGAGUGGCUUGCACAGUUUGAGACAAAAUAAAAAGCUUUUUCCUGAAGGAGGUGCCUCCUAUUGAAACUGGGGGAUAAAAAGAUAAAAUGUUUCAUUACAAUCAUGAAAAAAAAUACAAACAAAAACAAAGAGCAAAGAGAGUGACCUACUUUGUUUUCUUUGUAGAAGCACCACACUUCCUGGGGCACAGUUUAGUCUGUCAUUGUGAAGUAAUCUUUUCGCAGUAACUCAAGUGACAGCCUAAUUGGAACCAGGUCCCAGUCUUAACGGUUCUAUGAGAAAUCUUGGAGAAACUUUCUCUCAUCACUUGGCCUUGACACUGAUGUGUAAUUCCAGUGUUGUGCCAAUCUGCAUUUAAAAAAAGUGAUCUCAUAGGCACUUUAUAAAUUGAUGGGUUGUUUUGAGACUGUGUGCAGGGUGCUCUGCAUGAAUGAUUCCAGUAGGAGAAAGUGAGGACUGCAGAUGCUGGAGAUCAGAGCUUAAUGUGUUGCUGGAAAAGCACAACAGGUCA